AUGAGCGAUGGAAUGCAACUUGGCGGCGAGAGUAAGGGCGACAAACACUCGCACGGCAACGUCAAAAUGACAUCUCCUUUUCAUUUUUCCAACAGUUGUACAGGCCUAUAUCCACAGAAAGAUUAA